AUGGAUAACUCUGCUUUUCCUGCACUUCUUGAAUUCAAAAAUAAGAUGUCACCUGAUCUUCAGUAUUGGAAGAAAGACAUUCAAACUGAAAUGAAGAGAGUCUGCAUUUGGAAAGAAAUUGAUUUACCUCCUCCUGAGUUUCCAAAAAAUAUUACCGUGAAAGAAGUAUGCUUCAGGGAAAGGUCAAUAGAUUCAACUCUUUACAAGCAGAUAGUUGGAAUAUUGAGAUAUCUAUAUCAUAGCAGGCCUGGCAUAGCAUAUGGUGUUGGCAUUAUAAGCAUAUACAUGAGUAAUUCCAGAGUAUCUCACAUGGCUACAGCAAAGAGAAUUCUGAGAUAUGUUAAAGGAAUACUAGAUUAUGGGCUUUUGUAUCCAAGACCAAAACCUAAUCAAAGUGUAAAGCUAAUUGGUUUUUUAGAUGCAGAUUGGAGUGGAGACAUUGAAGAUAGUAAAAGUACUACUGGUUACAUCGUCAAGUUGUUUGGAUCAACAAUUUGGUGGAGUUCAAAGAAGUAG